GGCGCACAAAGGAAGUGCACAUUUCGAUCGUUGUGAAGGGAGAUAAUUGGGUACAUGAUGUAAACACAGAAUAAAUAUCGAAAGGCAUCAUUCCAUUUUUACCCUCCUCUAUCCAUCCACUUGUCCAUUAAAUGUGUUUAAUAAUAUAUGAGGUUGUGGCUAUACAAGACUGCGCGUCUGUGUGUCUGUACAGAGAAAGAAAGGCAGCCAGAGAGUGGGGAACUGAAGCCAAGAGUAGAGAGGGAACAGGAGUUGAGCUUUGUUUCAUCCCCGUUUGGCCGGGUUUUUAGAGUUUCUCGCUGGCUUUGGAGACAUGAUGUUGGACUGGUAAAGCUGACUAAGUUCGAAAAAAGUGACGAUUUUCUGCGCUUCUUUGGAGCUGCGAAAAUGACAAUGGGAGAGAACGCCAAAAUGUUGCAUUUCUGAGGCAAACACGUCUCCAUGGGUGAGGUCCACUGAUCCAGGAAUCACUGUGUCUCUUACCCCUCCCUGCCUUCCUCGCUAUCCUUAAACCCUUCCCCCUCAAGUAGAGCCACAAUGACUUCCACCAGCCAGCUUCUGGGUUUUGCCGAGAUGGGCCUAAAGUGUGACCAGGAGAUCGAGAGGAGGUAUGAGAUUGUGCCCUCGGUGGUCUGCUCCAUGUGCUGCCUCUUUGGAAUCAUCUACUGCUUCUUUGGCUAUCGAUGCUUCAAGGCAGUAUUGUUUCUAACAGGCCUGAUGUUUGGCUCUGUGGUCAUCUUCAUGCUGUGCUACAAGGAGAGGGUGAUGGACACUCAGCUGAGCGUAGAGGCAUCUGUCGGCAUCGGCCUGGGCAUCGGGACAUUGUGUGGUCUAGUGACCAUGUUGGUCCGCAGUGUGGGUCUGUUUAUGGUAGGCCUGCUGCUGGGCCUGCUGGUUGGAGUUGCCUCACUUGUGGUUAUGGAGGAAUUCUAUCACCCUAAAACAGUGUGGGUUCCUCUGGGUAUUCUUCUAGGCUCUGGGACAUUGUUUGCCGUCCUCACUCUUCAGUGGCAGCGCUGCUUCGUCACCUUCUCCACAGCAACAUUUGGCUCUGCCAUCAUCACUGUCACAGUGGAUUAUUUUAUAGAGCUGUUUGCCUUGGUACACUACAUCUAUGAGAGACUCAAGGUGGCGCCAAAGAAGCCUGUGUGCUGGUUCACCUGGGUCAUCUUGGGGGUCUGGCCUGUCCUGACUCUCCUUGGAGUUCUCAUCCAAUGGAAAGUUACUGCAGAGGGAUUUUCUCACACAGAGGUGGUACUGAGUCGACAGCAGCGGCGGGUCCAGCUCAUGCGGAUCCGACAAAGGGAAGAGAAGCUGAAAAAGGAGAAGGAGAACAAGAACAGGAGAAAACCUCAGAACCAGAAGACCACCCUCAAGCAGAAGACACAUACUCAUCACCACCACCAUCACCAGCAGUACCACCACCCAGUGGCAUCCCACCCUCAUCACCAAACCCAGAGCUCUCAGGCACCUAAGGUCCCUCCUCCUCCUACGCAUACGGAACCUGGCUACCACCGUAAACCCAAUCCUAAAAGACGCUUUGAUGGAGAUGUGCUGUCUCCGAGCUAUAUCAGGAGUUUCAGAGACAGACAGACUGAGAGACGGGCGUACUCCCACACUCGAAUGAGCCGCUCUCGGAUGGCUCAACUAGACUAUGACUGUGGCUCUCAAGUGCCUCUCACAGUCCCCAGUGGACCAGCAGUUCGGAUCUGAACACAUUUACACAAUCACUGCCUCCUUCAAAAACUCUUAGAUUUCAACAGGACUAAAAGACUUAAUGUAGUCCAAUCAACUGCCAGUUUACCCACCUGAACUUUCGGUAACCCAAAAUGGUUCUGCCCUGUUUGGUUUUUUGUUCUUUUCGAGAGAUAAGGAUUUUUGUGAAUAUGCUGUAACAUUUGAGCUGAAAAGGAAUUGCGUAUGUUUCAAAGUAUCAGGAUAAUGCAAGUUUUUUCUUUGUUGUUUCCAUGAGUUAUCUUUAAUUAAAGGAGGAUACAAUUGGUUCUGAGGUGAGUGCUCAGCGCUAUAUGUCAAAAAACUGAAGAUACAGUGCAAACAGUGGAACUCAAAGCUCUUACUCUUUUACUUUUUUACCACUUGAAGGUGUCUGUGUGAAAUAAAAUAUUUAUUUCAGUUGUAUUAUAUUUUUCAUCACAGCUUGUAAAAACAGAAAUGCGCAACUGGUUUGACAAAUCCUGUGGGUUGUUUUUAAAAGGGAUGAGUUGUAGGUGUGUAUCAGACUAAAUGGUUCAAACCAAAGAGGUUCUUUGUGAAUUCCUCUUUUAAAUGUGUAUCAUUUUCUGCACCUUGUGCCAUUUUCCAAGGCGGAUGUGUUUACAUCUCAUCAUUGACCUGCCUCCAUGCUUGAUCCUAAACCGUCUGUGUCCAUGUUUGAGUGGACUUGUGAGCCCUGCAGCUGAUGGACUGACCCAAUUAUUAGCAAACACGAGGGGGAUUCAUUUAAAUAUCUGACAAGCAUGCUGUACAAUAAUCACCCCCCUCCUGUUUUGCCAAAUACUGCUUCGUUUGAAAGGAUUUACUUCUGAAGAGUUUUUAUGGCAUGUUAUUUGAUAAAGAGGAGGCCUUAAAGAAAGAUUCUUUCCUUGAAAAGAGGAAGGUAAGAAGAUUAAAUCAUUUGCUUAUGGCACCCUCUAAUGUUUACUGCUGGACCUUUUUCUAGGUGUAUGUUUGCGUCAACAUAAAUUUACAUGUUACUCUGUUUUUAUUGUAUGUGUUUCUUGCUGGUGAGCCAACAUCCAGAUAGCAAAGGUUGACCUCAAUGUUUUGCACAAAGGAGAGUUAUUUUAUUUCAAUCUUAAAGGAAAUGAGAUGUUUUAUGCACGCACAAUUGCUAAUAAAGGAAAUAAUAAAAUAAGCAGCGACAGAUGACACUGCCAAACAUGCGAAAAUAUGAAAUGGAUUAAAACUUGACCCCUAAACAUUUAGGAUAUUUUACUGUUUGAAAUGUGAACAGAACAACCGUUACAUAUUUACAUACUAAUUUAACAGUGUUUGGCUUUUGCUUAUUAUGCAGUUAUUUACAUCAUACUCCAUUAUUGCAUGACAAAACUUGUAUAAUACCUGUAUCCACUGUGUUGUGUCAUUGUUGAAAUUUGGAAACCCCAGAUUUCCAGCUUUUCUGGACCAGGGGUGUCUAAACACCUCUUCCUCUCUAAAUGUUUAAACUCUCCAGAUAAAAGCCUUUAAAAGGACAUGUGUUGUUAGUAAAUGGAUGGUUUAGAGUAUUUAAAGUGAGGUUCUGUUACAAGGUUACACGUAGUUAAUAUCUUACCUUCGGUAGUAUAAAUCCAGAUUAAAAAAAGUGUUUCUGGUCAGAGUCAAGAUGCAAAAAAACAUAUGAGUAGUUUAGAAAAAUGUUUUUUUAUUGCCUCACAAUAAACUUUAAACAGACUUACUUUUCUGUUAGGUGGUUAGUUUGUCCAGAAAUGCUCUACACUUACUGUUCUCAGUACAAGGUUCGUAUAGGAAGAUCGCUGUGGUGCACCACCUCCUAUUUCUAUUUUUUUAUUUAAAUAAUCAGCCCAGCUAAAACAUGCUGACAAUGCUUGAAUAGUGUUUGCAUAAACUAUUUGACAAUUGUGAGACAGAAGUAUUUUCAAAAUGGUAGAAGACCACUUUGGUCUUGGCCCCUCUUGGAAUAGACUUUAGCUUUAGCCUCAUCCACCAAUUAAUCUUCAUUUAUACUGAAUGACGAUGCAAAGACACUUGUCUACUGUAAGUAAGAAAUUACUGUAACCUUUUAACAGGAUCUCCGCUACAAAAUCUAAACCAGCCCUUUUAAUUUAAACCACCUCCUGUUCUGCUGUAUUGUAUUACUCUGAUAGUCUUUCACCAGUGUCUAUAGUGAUGUGACUUUUUUUGCUUGUACUUCAGUCCUCUUUUUUUGUCCUUGUUGUGUUUUUACGGUAGUGAUGAUGUAUGUUAUCAUUUGUAAUUGCUAAUCAUUGGUUCUUUUCUCUUGUAAUUGGGGGGACAACUAAAAAUCAUUUUUAUGUAAAUUGCUCAU